UUCGUCAGGGCCUAGAGUUAUCUCGUCUAAUACUGUCCGACAGAUUCUCUCAAGAAGAAUCAAGCAUCGGAAUUUUCCUUCGUUAUACUCCCGCUCACACUUGAAAUCCAUCACAACCUCUGUCCCUGAUGCUUUCGACCUUGGAUGAAUCAUUUUCAGUUGGUGAUGAAAUUCAGUGCAUAUCUCGUCAUAUUCAGAAAAUUGAGCAAUUAAGCAAUGAUCUUGAGGCUCUUAAUCAAAAUAUCUGCUUGUCGGGGGAUUCACGAGUCAAAUCUGAGUUACUGUCUUCGAAAGAAAAAAAUGCCGCCGAGGUCAUCGAAUCUACCAUGGCAAAAUUAGCACGUUUUGCUAGCCAGCCAAUUUCCGAACCGUCGACAAAAAUUCAACUGGAAAUGCUGAAUAGUAGAUUCAAAACAUCACUCCAGCGAUUUCAGCGGAUUCAGGCAGGGAUCAAAAGGCGUAUUUCAACGGUGCCUCCAGUAAUGGAUCCUGCGGUUGCCGAUUUACUUGGCCUGGAGACUGAAUUUCACCAGCAUGGUUAUGAUAGCAAGUCCACCGCGUUUCCACCUGGAACACAACAGGCUCAGCUAUCUAGCAAUGACCGAGCCAGCUCUUAUGAGCUUAGUCAUAGUCUGGAACAAGAGCAACAGAUGCAAGCACUUGAGGAGGACAUUACUAAUGUCAAUGCGAUCUUCCAACAACUCUCCAAUUUGGUAUUCGAGCAACGGACCGUUGUCGAUUCCAUUGAAGACAAUAUUCAAACGGCAUAUAUCAACCAGGAAUCGGGGGUUUCCAGAUUGGAAAAAGCAGCCACUAGCCGGGCAUCGAACAAGUUUCCCUUUUGGCUCAGUGGAACCAGCAACGUUCUCGUAGGCGGUGUUGCAUCUGUUCUCUCGUUCUGGUCGUCGCAAUAAUUAUCACUAUCUUGGUGCUCAUUCUUGUUUACGGACCUGGGUCUAAAAAGUGAAAAGAUCGUCAUUAUGGACUCUAUCGGACCUCCGAUCUUGGAAAUUUCUUCUUAAGACUAUAUUUUCCCCUCUACUCUCUCCCUGUACAUAUUGUUUGAUUUGUUUCUUUUAUUUUCAAUCAUGGGAUUACAACGAUAUUUUACGUGCUUUCGACGAGAUAUAUUUCUUGUUCCUUUUGUACAGCGAAAAAAUAGUCAGUACCGCCCCCGGUGUGUUUUUGUUCACUGUUAGAGGCAAUGCUGUUCACGAACUUGUCGUUACUUCUUUCACGAACGUAAGACGACCACCAGUGACAUGUGAUUUAGCCGUUGCUCC